AUGUGCUGGGAGCAGACAGAUACCGCCAGUUUAGUUAGGGACUACGUUCAGCAUGGACUGGUUGGAUCAAAGGCAGCAGCUGGGGGUAUUUCGGCCAAAGUGAAUCCGGAUCUAAAACAAAUAACGGUGCAGAGAGGUUCAACAGCUAUCAUGCUAUGUCCUUUCUCCUACCAAAUCAACUAUUCAAAUGUUAUCGCUUACUGGUGGAGAGAAGGUGAUAAGACCUUUCUACAGGAGGAUAGAAGAAAGUUCUUCCAUAUAGUUAAAGGAGCAGCCUAUCUUAAACUUCUGAAUGUUACUGUCCAGGAUGCUGGAACAUAUAUCUGUGCAGUCAAGUCCGAACAGCGAACAAUUGGGAAAGGAACUGCUGUGCAACUUACUGUAUAUGCUUCACCAGCUCCUUUGAAAAUUGUUUUUGUGCUAUCUGAAGACCAUUUUGCUGCUUCUCUCAGACUCCAGUGCAGGACAUCUUACUUUUACCCAAAAGCCUUUAACCUUACUUGGCACAAAAAUGGGAGAAACAUCUUGACAGGAUUUAGGAAUGAACAGCAGGCAAAAACUGGGGAUCUUUAUGAAGUCAUCAGUUCCUUAGAAUUGCAGGAGGCCGUUCAAAGUGAUUUUGCCUCAAAAAUCAGUGUUCCAAUGGUGGUUGGUUGCGCUUUACGUGCACUUGCAAUUCUAAUAUUGACCGUGAUGAUUGGCAAGGGUUUUCUGUUCUUUAAAUCCAAAGAUGCCAACGAAACCCCUUUCUCUGUGACUCAAGUCCCCACAUGCCUGACUGAAGUGGAAGGUAUGAAUGUGUCCAUGUAUUGUUCCAUUCCGCUAUUCCGUCACAACCCAGCAGUAGACGUUUACUGGCAGAAAAGCGACCAGGGCAAAACUUUGGAUCUGACUGCAGACCAAACGACAAUAAUGUUACCAUUCAAGCAAGGAUCCUCUGAGCUCCAACUGCUCAAUCUACAUUUCCAGGACUCCGGAAUCUAUUAUUGCAGCAUUAGGGUCUCUGGCAGGAAGAUUUUCAAUAGAAAUGGGACAAGGCUGAUCGUACAUGUGCCACCAACUCCAGUGAAAAUUGUUCAACUGCCUGCUCCGACCCUCACUCUCCACUGCACGACAGCUCCUUUUUUCCCAGAGGAAAUUUACGUAAUUUGGUAUAAAAAUGAUAUCCUAAUUACAUCUGGGAUCAACGCCACGAAAGUAUGGAAGGAGGGGAGUUUAUUUAAAGUCGCCAGCGUUCUCAAUCAUCUGGAAAGCGGAUCGGUUUAUAUGUGUCAGAUUUCCCAUGUAGCCCUCCAGCUCCCAGCCUGCAUCAGCUACAAGAUUCAGGGCAACGGCAACAAUAACUUUCCUUACGUCUUGGUGUCUGGGUGUGCAGUGGGCGGUUUAAUAAUUUUAUUUCCUGUUGUUGCAAUUCUUGUCAAGCAACGGACAUCAGGCAAACCUGAAGGAACACAGAUUACUGAAGACAUACCAGAGCAGCUGGAGACGCAGACUAAACAAAGUGCUGAUGUUAAACUGAUAUAUACAUCUGUGGAAUUCACCAAUCCGCAGAAAAGUGAAAAAAACAACCAGCAGAAAAUGGAAAAGGAAUACGCAAAGAUCAAGAUAAACAAGCCACAUAGAGAAUCCCAGCUCGUAUGAACAAUUGUAGAGUCCAAUAAUGGGCCAGCCACAUAGGUUCUACCAUGCAGUGUCUGAUUAUGGAAACUACCUGUACAGUACAUUAUUGGUUAUUUAGAAGCACAUUGACACAUAAAAGAAUUGGAAGGAAACUGCAGAAGAUUUACUGAGAGAAAGACAUUGGGAAUUGGCACAGCAGCUGACCUUGAAACCUACAGCUUGUUUAAAAGAACCAAAGCAGUACAGUAUUCAUCAAGGUUUUAAAGUGGGACACAUGAAAUGUGAAACAUAUUUGCCAAUUCAGGUAGGAGUAGAAGGUGA